GACACAAAAACAGGUCACUUCGCUGGUUAUCAACUACAGAUUUUAUCUAUGAAUUUAACCAAAAUAAGCUAUCUUUGUAGAGCCGUAAGGUUUAAAUGCUUCAGUUCCAGACCCGCUCUAAAUCCAACCAUAACUCUCUCAAUCUUGGAGACCUUAUUGCAGCAAUGCUUAAACUUCGAGCAAUUCAAUCAAAUACUUUGUCAAAUGAUCUUCACUGGUUUCCUCAAAGAUAUAUUUGCUGCAAGUAGACUUCUCAAGUUCUCUACUGGUUUUCACUUCAUUCAUGCCAAUCACUCUUAUAAAAUCUUUAACAGCAUUGAGAACCCAAAUGGGUUCAUUUAUAAUACAAUGAUGAGAGCUUUUGUUCAAAGAAAUUACCCUUAUUAUUGUAUGGAUAUGUAUAAAUGGAUGCUGCAAGAAAAUGUUGAACCUGAUAAUUUCACUUACCCAAUUUUGCUUCAGUCUUGUUCUCUUAGAGUAGCUAAGUUUGAUGGGAAAUUGAUUCAUUGUCAUGUUUUGAAAAUGAGUUUUAAUUUUGAUGUUUACGUACAGAAUACUUUGAUAAAUUUGUAUUCGGUUUGUCAGAAUCUGGGUGAUGCGCGUAAAGUGUUUGAUGAAAGCCCUGUAUUGGAUUUGGUUUCUUGGAAUUCGAUCUUGGCUGGGUAUGUUUCGUUAGGUGAUGUAGAGGAGGCAAAGUAUAUAUAUGACAGGAUGCCUGAAAGGAAUAUUAUUGCUUCGAAUUCGAUGAUUGUAUUGUAUGGUAGGAAAGGUGAUGUCACAGAAGCUUAUAGGUUGUUUAGUGAAAUGUGCAAGAAAGAUUUAGUGUCAUGGAGUGCCUUAAUUUCUGGUUAUGAGCAAAAUGGAAGAUAUGAGGAGGCUUUGGUAACGUUCGGGAAAAUGAAUGCUUAUGGAAUAAUGGUGGAUGAGGUUGUGGUAGUCAGUGUUCUUUCAGCAUGUGCUCAUUUAUUUGCUGUUAAGACAGGGAAAUUGGUUCAUAGCUUAGCUGUGAAAAUUGGGAUUGAAUCGUAUGUAAACCUUCAAAAUGCUUUAAUUCACAUGUAUUCAAGUUGCCGGGAAAUAGACAGUGCCCAAAAGUUGUUUAAUGUGGGUUAUAGCUUGGACCAGAUUUCCUGGAAUUCUAUGAUAUCUGGGUACUUGAAAUGUGGAGAGAUUGAAAAGGCCAAGGCUUUGUUUGACAUAAUGAAUGAUAAGGAUCUUGUGUCGUGGAGUGCAAUGAUAUCGGGUUAUGCUCAACAUGACAGAUUUGCUGAGACUUUGGCAUUGUUCCAGGAAAUGCAGCUUGAUGGAGUUAAGCCUGAUGAGACAACUUUAGUAAGUGUGGUCUCAGCUUGCACCCACUUGGCUGCCCUGGACCAAGGAAAAUGGAUUCACUUAUAUCUAAGGAAGAAUGGCCUAAAGAUUAAUGUCAUUUUGGGUACAACCCUUAUAGACAUGUACAUGAAAUUUGGGUGUGUUGAAGAUGCUUUGGAAGUUUUUCAUGGUAUGAAGGAAAAGGGCGUUUCCACUUGGAAUGCUGUAAUUCUUGGUUUGGCACUGAAUGGGUUAGUGCACAUGUCCCUUGAUACAUUUUCAGAGAUGAAGGAUUGCGGAGUAGUGCCUAAUGAGAUAACCUUUGUGGCAGUUCUUGUGGCUUGUAGGCACAUGGGUUUAGUAGAGGAGGGGCGCUGCCAUUUUAGUUCUAUGAUUCAGGAGCACAAGAUAGAACCCAACGUUAAGCAUUAUGGAUGCAUGGUUGAUCUUCUAGGACGAGCAGGUAUGCUAAAAGAAGCAGAGGAACUCAUUGAGAAUAUGCCUAUGGCACCUGAUGCUUCCACUUGGGGAGCCUUGCUUGGGGCUUGUAAGAAAUAUGGGGACAAUAAUAUGGGGGAGCGGAUUGGAAGGAAGCUUAUUGAACUUCAUCCUGACCAUGAAGGAUUCCAUGUAUUACUAUCUAAUAUUUAUGCUUCAAAAGGUAAAUGGGAUGGUGUUCAUGAGAUUAGGGGGAUGAUGAUGCAACAUGGGGUGAUGAAAACCCCAGGAUGUAGUAUGAUUGAAGCAAAUGGAACAGUUCAUGAAUUCCUUGCAGGUGAUAAGACACACCCCCAGAUUAAAGAUAUUGAGAAUAUGUUGGAUAAAAUGGCUAAGAAAUUAAAGAUGGAAGGUUAUGCACCAGAAACGCAUGAGGUUUCUUUUGACAUUGAUGAAGAAGAGAAGGAAACUACUCUAUUUAGACAUAGUGAGAAGCUUGCAAUUGCCUUUGGGCUUAUCACCAUUAACCCACCAACACCAAUUAGGAUAAUGAAGAAUUUGCGAAUAUGUAGCGAUUGUCACACGGCAGCGAAGCUAAUUUCUAGAGCCUUUGAUCGUGAAAUUGUGGUGAGGGAUAAUCAUCGAUUUCACCACUUCAAGCAGGGUUCUUGUUCAUGCAUGGAUUAUUGGUAGGAAAAUUUCAUAAAAUGGGUAAUUUGCUUCCAAAUUAACAUCAUUGGUGCAAUAUUCACUGAGAACCUGUCCAGUUCUGCCAAUUGAAAUGCUUCCAUUACACAGCAUGCUGGCUGGCCUACAAAAGCAAGCACUGCAGGGAAAACAAAUUACACACUAGAUGUUAAUAUUUAUUAUUGAGAAUUGAUGAUGAAUAGAGGCAGUGCUCAUGCUCCUUUCAGAAAGGAGGCAAUUCUGAGAAUAAGACCUGAAAAAUACCAGAGUUGAGUCUUCUGUGCAUGAACACUGCAUAUGGCAGUACUGCAACAGGCAACAUAUUACAACUCAUAAACUUUUGUGCUUCCACAAGGUGCUAAUACCAUAUUGCUAUAUUCCAUUGACUGCACAAAUUUUAUGGUUUUAGGCUUAUUCUACUUCUAAGACGUUUAAAUUUAUCCUUUAACAAGUCUGAAAUCCCAUCAUUCGGCUUGAGCAAAGUUUCCUAGAAAACUUGACAGAGCUGAGCAUGAGUUUCUAAUGUACUGUUCUUCCAUUAGCUUGAAAAUUGAAAUUGAGAAAUUGCUGCAAAAGAGGCCACCGAGAGGGGAUAACUUGUAACAAGGAUUUCCAAACCAUUAUAAUACAGAACGGAAAACCGUUGAUGAUCUUAUCCAAUGAGGUGGUCCUCCGCACUCUAGUAGAAGAUUCUUCCCAUAGCUGAAACUCUCUUUAUUCAGUGACAUUAGCAUGUUGAGAUCAUUCCAUCCUACCGAGCAGUGACUCUGCCUGCAAUGGAGUUGAAAAUUUGCAAAUGUGCAGCUGCAGAGAAGAAAGAUAUAACAUUAUUCAGAUUGCUAAGUGGGUUUUACAGAGCAUUCGAGCUCUGUUUUCUUUUGACCUGUUAUUAUUCAAGCUCUUUCUGCUGUUUUUUCAUUUGUGGCCACAUGAAAGAAAUGUGCAGAGGGAGAGAAAACUCCUUUGACAAUAUGAAAUAAAGCAAUCCAUCUCAACUA